AUGGCGCAAACGCUCUCCGUCGGUGCGCAGGCCUCGAGGCUUGCGAGAGAUCUCCCCCUCGCCGGAAGCUCGUCCGUCAUUCCCAAGCUUGUCUACGGCACGGCGUGGAAGAAGGAGAGGACGGCAGACCUGGUGUACGCGGCCCUCAAGGCCGGCUUCCGCGCCCUCGACACGGCCGCUCAGCCAAAGCACUACGACGAGCGUGGUGCCGGCGAGGGCGUCCGCCGCGCCGUUGCCCAAGGCAUCGUCGACCGGGCGCAGCUCUUUGUCCAAACCAAGUUCACCUCGCCCGCCGGCCAGAACGAGACGACGCCGUACGACUUGGACGCGUCGCUGGUGGACAAGGUUCAUCAGUCGGUCCGCUCGUCCCUCGCCCACUUUACCUUGGACGGCGAAGACCCCUACCUCGACUGCCUCGUCCUGCACUCGCCCAUGGAGACCAUGGAGGAGACGGUGACGGUCUGGCGGACGCUCGAGUCCUACACGCCCCACAAGAUUCGCAACUUGGGCCUGUCGAACACGACGCUCGCCAUUCUCCAGCAGCUUCACGGCACCGUGGCGCGGAAGCCUGCCGUCGUCCAGAACAGGUUCUACGACGGCACCGGCUACGAGGUGCCGCUGCGGUCUUUUUGCCGCGACGAGAACAUCGUCUUCCAGUCCUUCUGGACCAUCGGCGCGAACCCGUCACUCGCCCGGAGCGAGCCAGUCCGGCAGGUGGCCGCCAAGGCCGCCGUCGAAGCCGUCGCCGCCUACUACUCGCUCGUCCUCGGCCUCGGCGGCGUCACGAUCCUCGACGGCACGACCGACGAGGUGCACAUGAAAGACGACCUCGACGGCGUGCGAACCGUUGCCUCGUGGGCCGAGGCCGACGGCGUCGCCGACUGGGAGGCGGCGUUGAAAAAAUUCAAGUCAAUUGUUGGCGACGCCUGCGUCUGA